GCAUCACAUCUUGCUGUUUCUCGGUAAGUCCUGACUCUUACUAAUAGUAAAACCCCCUUUGGGUUUCUCUCUGGCCCGCGGUACGACCGGAUCUCGUGGCGUGCCGGGUUGUUUCAUUGGGAUUCUCUGCACUUCCAAAGAGGCAAAGCUGACAGCCUUAAAUUCAGCAGCACCGGCCAGCCUCUCGCUCUUUCGAACCUAAACACCACAAAUACCCAGCCAUGGCUCUGAAGCGCAUUAACAAGGAACUCACCGAUCUCGGCCGUGAUCCGCCCUCUUCCUGCUCUGCUGGGCCGUCGGGUGAAGAUCUUUUUCAAUGGCAAGCUACGAUCAUGGGUCCUAGUGACUCGCCGUAUGCUGGGGGUGUCUUCUUCCUUCAGAUCCAGUUUCCUACGGACUACCCGUUCAAGCCUCCAAAGGUCCACUUCACGACCAGAAUUUACCACCCGAAUAUCAACGCAAACGGCAGCAUUUGCUUAGAUAUUCUGCGUGACCAGUGGAGCCCGGCGUUGACCAUAUCAAAAGUGCUACUCUCCAUCUGCUCGAUGUUGACAGACCCGAACCCCGACGACCCGCUGGUGCCCGAGAUCGCGCACGUGUACAAGACCGACCGCGCGAAGUACGAGCAGACGGCUCGGGAGUGGACCAGGAAGUACGCGGUCUAGGGUUGUGGAACGGGUUGCGUUGCUUUGGGCGCGGUGGUCAAUCCUACUGGUUUCCUGGCAUCUUAUCCAGCGCUCACGGCUGACUGGGGUCGUAACCCUGAACCAGCCUGCCAUUUGGGGUCUCUAGAUAGGUAGCUGGUUUCAGUCUUCUCCGACGGCGAGACCAUCACAGAAGGCAUCAUCAUGCAGAAUUGUUUGGGAAAUAGUCGAGGUGUGGCAGGGGGUAUACCGACGGGCACUGACGCCUUAAUUAUCCAUACUGCGUUACCUACCUAGCCAGGGAAUCGGAGAGGUCUGACCAUCGCGCACUUUUUUGACUAUCUUUUAGCACUGUGACUAAAGCGUGAUAUGUCUUCACUCAGUUUGCGAUCAAAAUGGCUCGGGCAAGAUACCAGCUUACUGCCAGCUCAGAGACUACACGGGGUAAGGCCUGUCUUUCAGCCCAUUUUGCAUAAAAGGAG